AUGAGAAAUUCAUCUAGAAAAUCGCACUCUCGCUCUUCUAGAUCAUUACAUAGCGUUUACAUCUCAUCUAGAGGGGCUCGCGCAAUGUCAUGGACCUCGAGAUUCAAUAUCUGGCCAGAAGAGUCAUACACAGGUCCAUCUGACGGUCGGGAGGAGGCUGCAAAAGCGGCUAUAUUGGAAAAGGCUAUCAAGGGGCGUCAGCAGACAGACUUGAUGCUGCGAUGCACAAUCCUGGAUGCGGUAGGGAACGUGAAGACCAUCUCCGGACAGUUCAAAAGAUCGGACCUCUCUUCCGAGCAUCGUCUAAACCCGCGUGACCUGCGGAAGAUUGAUUCCAGGAUUCCAAAUUUGGUCCCAACCAUUUUGGUGAGAAGGGAAGCAAUCCUUGUGAAUGUUUUACACAUCCGCGCACUCGUCAAGGCAGAUGCUGUUAUAUUGUUCGACACGUAUGGGUCCACAGACUCAAGGCUACACUCAGUCUUUCUAUAUCAUCUCGAACAUAAUCUCAAGAUGAAAGGCGCUGGGCUGCCAUAUGAGUUUUUAGCAUUGGAAUCCAUCUUCCUCUCUGUUGUAAGCGCCCUGGAAGCCGAGAUGGUUUUCAUUCGGAACCUUCUCGGCGGUCUGCUGGCAGAACUUGAGGAUGACAUCGAUCAUGACAAGUUUAAACGACUUCUGCAUUAUUCGCGGCGACUCACAAGCUUCCUGAAUCGAGCCAAACUUGUUCAGGAGUCUAUAGACGAGGUGUUGGAACAAGACGAGGACCUUGCAGCCAUGUACCUUAGCGACAAGAAGAAGGGUCUCGCACGCACCCUGAAUGACCACGAUGAGCUCGAAGUCCUCCUUGAAACCUUUUCUAAACAAGUCGAGGAGAUAGUUAACGAGGCCGAAAAUACACAGAGCAAUGUCCAAUCCACGCAAGAGAUAGUCGAACUCAUAUUAGACUCUAAUCGCAAUGCCUUGCUGGCUCUAGACUUGAAGGUUUCGAUAGGGACCAUGGGCAUCGGCAUGGGGGCCCUUAUCGCUGGGCUUUUCGGUAUGAAUUUAACAAGUCACAUCGAAGCAACCCCCUACGCCUUUGUCGCCAUGUCUGUUCUAUCUACAGCUGUAGCUGUUCUAGUAUCAUGGACUGGUCUCAGAAGGCUAGCGAAGAUACAGAAAGUUGGUCUCUCCGCAUCUAGCGGUCAUAAGGGACACAAUCGGCGACACAGGCCUUGGCUUCCGCUUCCCUUGAGGAGUCGUCGCUCAGGAGGUUAA